CGGUCUUUCCCGGCGGACGAUAAUAUGUCUGGUUUGUUGCAGCAGCUCGGUGGCAUUUUGGGCGGAGUGGUGCUUUUAUUUUGCGGAGGAAUACACAUUGGAUGGAGUAUUUUCCAUCUGUAUAUGCCCGGAAACAAGUGGGCUGUCGGAAUAACUAUCGAUCAAUACAGAUUUGCUAUUUUGUCAUUUUUCACCGGAGUAGGAUUCAUUUUGUUGAUACUUACCUUUGCCAAAGAAUGGCUAUCGAGCAGAAUUUGGUUGAUGGCAUCGUCUUUCUUUUAUAUGAUUAAUGGAAUAUUUUUCAUAGCCCUGCCAACAGACUAUCCAACCACGGUCGCUACACGAAUAAUAGCAGGUUUUGGACAUGGGAUAGCUCAUCUCGUAAUGUCUAUAUACAUAGGGGAAAUAGCAUCAAAGCAGUAUCGAGGGAAACUGAUUGCUAUUCUGACGGCUUCGAUCACGACAGGAGUGGCAGUGUUUGCCCUAAUUUCAAUGGGCACCACUAAUCUGAUAUAUGUUAUGGAGCCGGCCAUGCAUCCCAAUCGAGCACUGGGAAUCAUAAUAUUGCCGUUGAGCCUCGGAGCAGCAGCGCUGGCAUUCUUCCUGAUGGUGGAAUCGCCUAUUCGCAUAUUAACGGUUCGGAAGGAUGAAGCUGCUGCGGGAAAAAAUCUCAGAUAUUUGCGAAACGAACAGCUAGACACAGCUUCCACCACCCAAGAGUUCAACGACAUGAAGUUGUUAGUGGCCGAAAGUAGUAUGCUUUCUAAAAUGUUCGUCACGGAAGGAAACUUCAAACCGUUUCAGCUAGUUUUGACGUUAAAGCUAGCCAAUUUGCUUUUCUUCAAUUACUCCAUGAAUUUAGCAAAAAUGGUGUAUAUGUCUGCUAUGCUCGAUCUAACACCAACCUCUCAUAACUGGGCUCCACCGAUUUUGAUGCUGAGUAAAACGGGUGCUAGUUUUUUCACAAUACUUAUCAUAGACGUAUUGCCACGACGGUUCCAGUAUGCCAUCAGUUCAACCUUCACUGGAAGUUUUAUGCUAGCAUUUGGUAUUGUGCUGGCAACACAUGAAAUCUUGCAGCCAUGGGUAGCCCCCUUCCUGUACAUCACUGCAGAAGUGUUUAAUGCCAUGGGCAUGCUGCCCGUAACGGAAAUCUUGCUGUCGGAGGCGUUUCCUCCGAAGAAAAAAUUGCUUUCGAUUGCAAGUGUUCUCGUUUGUGAAUAUGUCGGGCACAUGGUUGUUUACAUAAUAUAUUUUAAUGUGCCGAGUGAACCUCAGAAUACGUACAUUAAAACCAUUGUUUUCGGCUCCGUUAUACUGUUGAAAUGUUUGAUUGCAGUUUUGGUGAUACCGGACACGAGGAAUACGAAUCCACGGGAAGCCGUUCAAUUAUUUGCACAUAAAUAAUAUCGAUCAUAUUAAACGCCCUUUAUAAGCCUGAUCAGCACAAGAAUUUAA